AUGAUUAUGAUUAUUUCUUUCAUCGGGGAAAACAAAGCCUCAGGGACAUGCGUUUUGAAAGAGGUGUGCCUCGAGAAAGGACUACCAGCAAACGUGAAUCCGAGGAUCCGCGGAAUGAUCCGUGAUGACCCUCCUAACGGGGAUGAACACUAUGACACUUACGACACGUAUGAUGAGAGCUCCAAACCUUAA